AUCCCAGUGGAAGGAAAGGCAACGUUUAACCUUUGAAAAGUGGAGUACGUUAAGGCCCUUUAUGGUUAACCAGAUGUUAUCAUCACAGAGGCCUAAACAGGGACUAUGCCAACACUGUGGACAAAAGCUUGCAGUAGUGACAUGCAGAGAUUGUUUGCCAAGACCACUUUACUGCACUGCGUGUGAUAUUGCAAUACAUGAGUCUAUGGUACUCCAUAACAGAACUUCUAUGAUAGAGGGUUUUUUUAGGCCAUUGUCACCUUCCACAUACAUCAAGGAAGACGAGGGAGGAAAAUUCUCCUACCAUGAAAAAGAGUGUUACUUACCAAUCAGGCUUCCUCACUGCGAUUGUUCCUAUGGACAAACAAGUGUUUCUCCAGGAAAGCAAGUAAUUUUGAUUGGAAUGAACGGUCGUUACAAUCUGUCCCUUCCAUGUGUCAGCUGCCCCUGCGGAAAGUCCUGGUCACUGGACAUAGGUGAUCUCGUUGACAGUGGUUAUUGGCCAGCCACAGCCAACUUUGACACUUUGUACACUGUGGAUUUGUUCAGUACAUUUGAGGAUCUCAAGAUCACUGCCCCAGGAAUGUCACGGCAAGCUUUUGUUAGCAUGCUAGAACACCGCACAAAAGUCUUUGGUCGGGUGAGUACAAGAUGUUGUUGAAGAAAACAACCAAGAUUGCUGAGAUGGUGCAAGUUUAUUGGAGUUGAAUGCAGGGAUGGGUCCCAGACAAAGUCAGAAAGGAAGGAACAAAGGGGUGACCCCUAGGUAGUAUGAUCAAGCAGGCAGAAAGAUCAAGGUUCUAGUCAGCAGGGGAGCAUACACCGGAGGAAACAACAUUUGGCUAGGUAUUGGCCAGACAUGUAAUGGCAAAUGUCCCCUCGUAUGUAAUUUUUCUUUUUCAAUGCGACGAUUUUCAAAUGUAUUGAUCUAAUUUUAUCAUGGCCUUACUUUUACGUUUUCCUUUUAGAGCGGCCAGAUAUGUGGGGAUACUAUGCAGAAGGCAUUUCUGGAAUGGAUCUAUGCCAAAUUUGAAGUGGAAAGGAUGUCUCUGGUGCAGCAUUUUCAGUGCCCUGCAUGCACACCCUCCAUGCUGGCUGUUGCAGUGGAUGGGAACCGAAAACUUUACCGCUUUAAGAGCCAACCGGGACCGAAUGGAUUUUUUGAUGGAGUGUUUCUGGCCAAGGAUGCUGAAGUGUCCUCCUUUGUUGACUACAUCCAUGGGACAACCAAACAUAAUCCUGCGAAAGCAAGAUGUGGUGCAGGUCAAUGGGUGGCAGCACGAGAGUCUGCGAGUAAGUCAGCAAGCAAAUUGGAUGAGGAAGGCGUGGAAGUUGCUGUCUGCCGUCACGGGGUCUUGCUCAAAGGACUGAAUAUGUUCCGUGGGGAAAUAUUUGCAUACCCAUUAUAUCUCCAGAAACAGUUGAAUUCACAGACUGUGAAGUAUUUUUGCUCAGAUGUAGUGUGCAAAUACUGGCCAUAUCUGGAGAGGGUGGUCCGUUUCUGCCCAGAGCUACAAGACCUGUUGAACAUGCGCCCAUUUCUUUCGAUUAUGCAUGCUAAAGCGCAUUCAUGGACGUGUGAGUUGAAGUGGGGAGGACGUAACCAGGAAGGAGCUGGUACAACCUUAGGAGAAGAAGUUGAACAAGUAAACAGUUUCCUUUCUCGAGCAGCCUUAUGUUCUAAGUUCAUGGCAAAAGCAGUUCGCACAGACAUGCUUACCAUCCAGGCAAGUGGCUGGAACAAGCGGAAGGCAGAACACCUUGACCGGACAUUAGCAAAAAGAUACAUCAAGACUGUACAGAGGAUUCCAGAUGCAUCAACAGAUCUUAAACAACUUACCACCGAGUUGGCUAUUCAGGAAGACACAGUACAGCAAUGGGUGUGUGAUGUUCAGCAGUGGACAACAGGAGCAACUGUUCCAAAUGACAGCCGACAGAAUACUAUUGAAGGACUCUAUCUGAGCAUCAAGCAGCGAAAGUUUCAUCUCUAUCGUCAGACAGUUGGCAGUAAGCAGAGACAUAAAUUGAGGAAAAAGAUUGCGGCAGAAAAGAUAGCUUUGGACGAGGCCAUUGCUGACUACAACACUGUUGUGGGGGAUGCUGACAAACUCCCUCCUCCUGACGAGCUCUUGGUCAAAGAAAACUUCUCCUGGCCAUGGCAAUGUCACAGUGAUAUGAUCGAGAAAAAAAAAGUCUAUGACAAAGUAAUGCUGCUGGAUAGACUUAAGGAAGAAGCCGUAAUUGUGGUUCAGGAAAUUAAGCAGCACUGGGAGUACAUGCGGAGCAUGGCUAGAAAGAUUGAAGAUCUUUCCUCCCAGCUCUCUGAAGGAAUCACAGGUCAAAGCAGCACUGAAGCAUUGACAGAGAGUGGACGUGAGGGACUACUCUGCAUAUUAAAAAGAAGACUGUGUGAAGUUCAAGCACAGCAGACUUCAGCACGCGCAACAUAUCUGCAUAUCCUGGGACAACACAUGGUGUCUUUGGAUGACUCUUCCUCUGAGGAAGAAAACUUGGAUAGUAGCUCGUCAACAGAUGAAGACUAAUGGGAGCCAUCGUUGGGCUCAUUCUGGAGAACACUGCAGUCUGACGCUGUACCUGCAGAGUCCACACCAACGUGCUCUCCAUUGUAAAUGUCUGCAAUUGUUAUAUGGUUUGUGCAUACUGUGUGUUCCUAUAUAAAAUAAAUGACUUUAAUUUCCACUAUUGUGACAUUUUCUUGCACUACAUUACAUUAUUUAACCUGUAAAGAUAAACUGUACAUUUAAUGCACAGUAUAGAAUACACAGUUACAGAUGUUUGAGAGUCACCCUUCUUAAUCUGAAUUAUGUGUAAUAACAGGAUGGCUG